CAUCGCAUCGCGCUGCACUAACCUAAUUCAACGCGGAUUUGACGUCUUGUCGGGAAAAACGCAAGCGAACUCCGCCACACGCACGUCCCGAUUUCAUUCGCCCCACACGGCCCCACGUCCAGCCGCCCCUUUUCAAUAUGCGCAUUACGCGCAUACCAGUAUGAGUUGUGCGGCGUCCAGGUGUCGAAAUAAACAUUGAAUCGAUGGACGAGUGCGACGCUUCAAUUCAGUCGCAAGAGCGCGUCUGAAGACCCCAGGAAGACCUAGGAUGGCUUUCGCGCCGUGGCUCACGGGGCCGCGCAGCGCGCGCUCACGUCGCUACGAUCGCAGUAAAUCAGAAGAUGUGGUGAAAUUAGAUCUAACUGAAGAUCCUAGUGAUAUUGCUAAAGAGAUUUUUACUGCAUUGAGUGCAAAUGAUUUACAUGAGGGCAAGACGUUGGCAUAUCUCAACAAUUUUGUCAAACUCAUCUUGCAUAUAUCCAGUGAUAUUUCUUUAUUAGGGUAUGCAAUUGAAGAAAUUUUAUAUUGUUUAAGAUAUUGCGUGACGCAUGAAUCGUCUGUGGUACGCGCUGGUGCGUUCCGUGCAAUGCGUCAUGUAAUCGCCAAUGAAGAAGACAUCGCACGUCUUAAUGAAUUGCACAUCCCUUAUUUAAUCGUGCGCGCGCUCGAUCUGGAGUAUAAAAACGAUGCAGUACGUGUGGAAGCGGUGAAAUUGACGCGUAAAGCGAUGCUCAUUGCGCCCGCACGCUUCCAUAUUGCUCUUGCGCGUUAUUUGGUUGCUCUCGCCAACGGUAUCGAAGAAAAAGACCGGAUGCUACGAGUGUAUCUUGCCGUUUUAUGCGAAUUAGGCACAUUAAAUCCUGAUUCGUUUAUAAGCACUGGCGGGGUGGCGGCCAUUACGCGUAAUUUACUCGAAUGCCAAACGCCAAAGAUAUCUGAAUCGCUUUGCGGUGUUUUAUUGCUGUUGUUAGACAGACCGAUCACCAGGAAUCACGCUGGUGUUGAUCUGCAUUGUGUAGCUGCGCCAUAUUGCGAUUUUCACUACCGCCAUGGUUGGAUGGACAAAAACAGGGAUGAACGUGAAUUAAAGUUCAAUUGCAGUCGAUUGGCUUUGCUUACGAUUCUGCGCAGCUGGCCGGGUAUUUUGCACUUCUGCAGCCCCAACGACGUCUCAGGUUUCAAAGCUAUUGUUGAUGUUUUGUAUUUGAAUCAAUUAGAAGUUAGGAAAGCCGUAUUAGAUUUGCUCUAUGAGCUGCUAAACUUGCCGCAACCCGAGUGGACGGAUGAGUUAUCAGUGGCGCUCUCCGCCGUUGACCCCGCCGAGCCGCAGGCGUCUUGGCGUCUCGGCGAAGGCUUCGUCGCCGCUGAAGGCCGCUCAAUUCUGCCGCAUCUCGCGCGCACCACGCCGAGUAUCAGUGACAUGCAUUUGUCGUUGCUGCUUUAUUGCUUCCUCGAAACGGGCCUGCUCGGUGCGCUCAGCGAAGUCAUCGCCACUAGUGAUACGUUUAUAAGUGUUCGCGCAACUGUUUUACUUGGUGAACUUUUGCGAUUAAUUCAAGUGCUACUGCCACCGGAAUGUUGUAAUAUUACGCCGGCUCUACCGAACCUCAUAGAAUACGCGACGACUAACCCACAGGCGUUGCGAGCGAUUACAGCGUUGCAACAAUUGCAUAAGUUACUAAAACGUCGCCCAGCAUCGCAGAGUCUUUAUUUGGAUUAUAUCCUGCGUUCUGGUUCCUCGGUAAAGACUUCACUACGCGCUGAGAAACUCAAAAGACAUAAAGCUUCAACCGCGCGUAUUCGUUUAACUCAACUGGUCACAAAGGACGCUGAUGAUGCUGUUAAGGACACCGGUGUACUUGCCAACAAGGAUGCCUUCACUUGGAACUGGAACGUCAUCCAAAUUAUUCUUAGGAGAGAAUCAGACUUUAUAUUAGACCUCACCGAUCAGAACCACAGGGCGUUCCUGAAACGCCUUGUUGAGUACUUUCUGCCGUCGAGUAAUCGUUACUCACAUAUGGAUUUAUCCUCGCCAAAGAAUCCGCAGGGAUAUACAACGGCUGGGAUUGAACUCAUUGACUGUUUAGCGCACAUGCGCGAUCCGCUCGCCGGGCGUUUCCUCGGCGAUCUUGUGCGCGACAUUUGCCAGCAGAUAGAGAAGAUAACACAGGGCAAAUCUGCGCAUGACUGCCUUUUUAGUCCGCAGCACAUGGGUAACACGCAGUGCCAAACUUAUUUUCUCUUUAUUGGACGCUUGGCGGCCUCGCAUCAAGGCGCUGAAGUUCUUGAAAGCUUUGAUAUGUUCAAUAAAUUGAAAAAUUUGGCGACAACAACAAAACAUGACUGCUAUGUGAAAUUGAUUAUUUCUUCGCUGGAUUAUUGUGAGAACGCCAAAUCGCACGAGAUACUCUCGGCUGUACUGAAAUGUGCCAACGAAUCAUCGCGUUUAUACGCGACACAGUUCCUCUUGGUGCUGCUGCGUGCAGGCUUGCCUAACUUUGACACUUGGGGAAUAAAACUACUCGCUGAACAACUCUCAGACCGCUCGCGCACUGUUUACCUCUCGGCGUUGUCCACAUUACAUGAAGCGUGUGAAGUAUCUAAGUAUCUCGAGCAGCUUAUUCAAAUUAACCCUAAAUUACUCCACUUGGAAGAGAAGGGUGCAUUGCUCUUAAUUCGUUACCUCAGCGUGCCGAGCGGUUUCAGUUUUUUGAAUCGUAAAAACUUCGUUAUUAACGAAUUACGUCGCUGGGACGAAUAUUUUAAUUACCGAUAUGUGUUCAUAAUCGAGGGUGAAACAGCCGAUGCCUUGACACAACACCAAAAAGGUGAAGAUGGCCGCUAUGACAAGCGAACGACAUCAUCGAGGUCCGGAACAAGGGCGGAUGUUUUCCUACCGCCGCAUUUGUACGGUCAACUGACUAAACACGCGGAGGGAUUGAAGAUUCUUGACGAACAUGGCAGUAUACCUAGUUUUAUACAGACAAUUGAAAACGCUUUGGGCCUGUGUGAAACUGAAGAAGAAAUAUUAAAAAUCAAAGCAGCGCUGUGGGCGCUCGGCCAUUUAUGCAACUCUGUCGCUGGUCUAGAGUUCAUUGUGAAUAAAAAUGUUCUUCUCUACAUCGUCCAUCUUGCCGAAGGUUGUGUCGUUUGGUCUAUUAAAGCGACUGCUUUCUACGUAUUAGGUCUUAUUGCAACUACCGACUUUGGAGCGGAUUGUUUAUUUAAAUUAGGUUGGGUUAGUACAAGACACGACCGACAUGAUCGAUGGCCUGUGAUACAAGAGGAACACUGGCACUUGAAUCAGGAACUGGCGAUGGAAAUGUCCGAACAAGAUCAAUUAUUCGACUAUUCAAUAUAUGUGCCUGCUGAUGCAGAUAGUUCCACCAUCGAGGAUGAUAUGAUCUACAUGUCGGGUGAAUCAACGUCCAAUCGUAAAUCGUCUACUUUACCACCGCAUUCAAAUUAUCAUAGCGGGCAACACACACGGUCUCUAUCCGAGUCGAAAACUUUUGAUUAUUUACGUGUGCGUAGAGAUACAGGUUCACAUCGAUAUCGGGAUAAUUCUAUCACUGAAAGCACCACUUCUGGUGUUAGUAGUUGUGAGUCUGCCAUUGGAAAAAGUGUUUUGAAUGAGGUGAGUUCAACUUUAACACCAAUUCCGAGCAUCUCCAGUUUGCUGACGAUCAAAACUGGUGGAAAAUUACGCCGACAUUCGGAAUCGUCACGAACGCGUAUAAAUUCUGACAGGUCGACUGUAUCACCGGCUGGAAGCACCAGUGGAAAGCUUAGUUUUCAGGAUCAUAUGGGUUAUAAAAUAAUAAGGCAUAUAAAGAUGCAGGCGAAGGAUUCGGAUGAUGAGAUGGAUUCUUUACCGCCUGCACUUGCAAGAGUACAUAGUUUAGAUCGCUCUAGAUAUCCAAGCACUUCUGAUGGGCGAAGUUCAUCCCUAAUGAACUUUAUCAAAGAUGGCCUGAGUUUAGCAUCGUUAGCAAGCGUAAAUAAGUUCAGUAUCAAAGAAGAAACUGUACGCAAAAAGAAAGGACAACUUUAUAUGGGUAUUGCACUACCGUUGGUCUUGGUGAAUUUGUUUCCUGAGUAUCAGGUUGCAGCCAGGAGGUUAUCAUACACUGCGGAUAGAACUUUAUUUGGCUCUGAUACAAGUACGGACAGUGAAAUCAGUGCGGGCACUCAAUCGUCCACUAAAAAAUCGCGAUUCAUUCACCGAGCAAAAGGCUGCAUGGUUUGUGGUUACUCAAGACAAAAAGAAAAGCGAUUGAAAUUCGUAACGUCCACUAGCACGCCAAAUACGAGUAUUUCUGAGAAAUCAUCGCCGCCCGCCAGCCAUUCAGCCCAGGAUGAUGAAAUAACAAGUUUAAAAAUCAGUAUUUUGAAUCAAAUCGAAAUGCUGAGCAACCCACUGGUCCAGAAGCACUUUCGGCAUAAUCUUCUCAAUUUAAAACAAAAACACCCCGAAGUAUUUCAAGAUCCGUGUCUUUACUCCGACGUCUGCAAGAUGCUGUCGGACAAUUCAUACCGUCUCAUGACUAGGAGAUUCAUACAGGAUAUAUUUUUCGACUCUAACUUAGAGCCUUUGUCGCGAGAGUUAAAAGUGAUGUUUUCUGCGGAGAGAGAACGCGUUGUCACCUGUGCAACUACUCCGGGUGCAUCGCGAAAAUUAAAAACGUUCUCGGCGAAUACUUCUUUAGAGGAACCAAAGACUUAUCAACAGACAGCUACUGAAGAGCGCAAAGCAGAGUUGGCGCCCUCUAGCGACGGACUGAAAAAGAAGAGGAAAGAGGUGUUGUCCGUAACCGUAGGCUUCACCAUCGAGCAAAUACAGGCGGCAAUCGAAGAUAAUGAUAUGAUUUCACCGACUAGGUAUCAGGCAAGCUCACCGCCGCCAUUGACAAGCGUAAAGAAGAAAACAUGGCGUCGAGUAGUGAGAAUAUGCUAGAAUUUGGCGUGCAUAAUGCUGAGGUACAAGUGCAUGCGCAUGCGCAUUCACAGGAUGGUAAUGAUAUUGUCGCUAACGCAAUGCGACCCAACUCGAUUUCCUUACCGGUUGAUAAACCUACGCCGAAUACGUGG